UUGGGGGAGAUAAGUUGCAAAGCAGAAUUCCUGAAUGACUGUGACCCCUGGGAAAUAGGGGGGUUUGAAAGGCUCAGCUCUUUUGGAGCUUGGUGCUGCUUUGUCUACUGGUGUCACUUGAGUCGAGACCUGAGACUCUCAUCACAGCAACGGGCCAGUAUUCUCCAGUACAGACAUCUGUGUUAGUGCAGGCUGCCAAAUGAGGGGAGGUGGCAGCGGCAGGCACGUGGGGUGGGCUCCCAAAGGCCCUGCAAGGAGGAGGCGGUGCUGGGUGCGAGUUGGCUUAUCUGUCCCAGGACGUUCUGGAAGGUGCUGGGUGCUGCUGCAGCUGCUGGCAUGGGGCCGCUUGUGCCUGAGGCUCAGCUGUCUCAUGCUUCCCUAAAUAGAAAGGGAACAGGGUCUGAGCACUGUGAUGGGGGUCAGCCAUCCCAGCUGUGGGCUUUUUUUGGCAUGAAAUCUCCCUGUUCUUGCUCCCCACACCCAGUGCAGCUCUGCAGGUAGAAGGAAGCUGGGAUUUGCCCCAGCAGGUGGGAGAGGAUCCCCUCUUGCUGCAGAGGUGCUGCCCACUUGCAUGCAUGUGCCCCCCUGAGCUGGGCUGGCUGCGGGGGCCCUGGCUCACAGCCCUCCCCAGGCACUAUAUAGCACGGGGCGGGGGACGAGGAGGGGGCCAGGCUGUGGUGACAGGUGAUGCUGACAGGCAGCAGGAGCUGCCAGGUCCUGCCCAAACUUGGAGCGGGAGGCGAGCUCUUUCCCGAGCCACACAGACCCUUUGUGGUGCCAGUGAACUUCUUUAAUUCUUUUUUUUUUGGUUGUUUUUCUUUCUUUUAUUGACUCCUAAGGAUCUACAGCUGUGGGAAAAGCUUCUGAGGAGCCACAGCCUUGACAAGCAAUUUAGGUCUGUGUUUUCCAAACUCUUCAGCCUGCUCUUCAGAUGGAGGAUCCCAUCCAGCUUAAAGAGGAAGGCAAUAAAUAUUUUCAGGCCAGCGACUACGAGAAAGCUGUUCACAGCUACACUCAAGCCAUAAAGCUCAACAAGGACAAGGCGCUGCAGGCGGUGCUGUACAGGAACAGGGCAGCGUGUUUCCUCAAAAAGGAGGAAUACGCCAAGGCAGCCUCAGAUGCGUCUAGAGCUAUUGACAUCAAUGCUUCGGAUAUCAAAGCCUUGUACCGGCGCAGCCAAGCUCUGGAAAAAUUGGGGAAAUUGGACCAGGCAUUCAAAGAUGCUCAGAAAUGUGCCACCAUCGAACCCCGCAACAAAAACUUCCAGGAGACCCUGAGGCGACUGGGGACUGACAUCCAGGAGAAGCUGCGCAUUCAGUUCUCCACGGACUUGAGGGUGCAGAAGAUGUUUGAAAUCCUGCUGGAUGAGAAUAGUGAGAAAGAAAAGCGAGAAAAGGCUGCAAACAACCUCAUAGUCCUGGGACGGGAGGAAGCAGGUGCUGAGAGGAUUUUCCAGAACAACGGGGUCAGCUUGCUGCUGCAGCUGAUUGAAACCAAAAAUGCUGAGCUAAUCCUGGCAGCCGUGAGGACGCUUUCGGGCAUGUGCACAGGACAUAAGGCUCGGGCCACUGCCAUUCUCCAUUACCUGGGCAUUGACAACAUCUGUAUGUGGAUGUCAGUAGACAAUGAAGAAAUCUCCCUGGCUGUCUGCAACCUCCUGCAGGCCAUCACUGACUGCUUGCUGGGCCAGGGGAAAGAGGAGCAUCACGGGAAGGCGGAGGCUGUAGUGCUAGAUACUAAGAAAGAUUUGAAGAUGAUCACGAUGUGUUUGCUGGAUAUGCUGGUCAGUAAGAAGGUAUCUGGGCAAGGGCGAGACCGAGCUCUCAACCUGCUCAACAAGAAUAUACCGAGGAAGGACCUGAAAGACCAUGACAACAGCAGGACCAUCUUUGUCAUCGACAAUGGCUUAAAAAAGAUACUGAAAGUGGCGGGCCAGAUUCCUGAGAUGCCUGACUGCCUGCCGCUGACAGAGAACACCCAGCUGACUGCCUCAGUCCUCCUAAAUAAACUCUACGAUGACCUGCGCUGCGACCCGGAGCGUGACAACUACCGGGUGAUCUGCGAGGAGUAUAUCAAGAGCAAAAUCGACCCACAGGACAUGGAUAAGACACUCCAUGCCAUCCAGAUGGUGUCUGGAGUACUGCAAGGGCCCUUUGACUUAGGCAACAAGCUGCUUGGCAUGAAGGGAAUCAUGGAGAUGAUGGUUGCCCUGUGUGGGUCCGAGAGGGAGAUUGACCAGCUGGUGGCUGUGGAAGCCCUCAUCCAUGCCUCCACCAAGCUGAGCCGGGCUACCUUCAUCAUCUCCAAUGGGGUGACACUCCUGAAGGAGAUCUACAAGAAGACCAAGAAUGAGAAGAUAAAAAUCCGAGCCCUGGUGGGUCUCUGCAAGCUGGGCUCAGCAGGAGGUACAGAUUAUGGACUACGGCAGUUUGCUGAGGGGUCCACUGAGAAGUUGGCCAAGCAGUGCCGAAAAUGGUUGUGUAAUACCAGCAUUGAUGCCCGCACCAGGAAAUGGGCUGUGGAAGGGCUGGCAUAUCUAACCCUUGAUGCAGAUGUGAAAGAUGACUUUGUUGAAGAUGAGCCAGCCCUGCAAGCUAUGUUUGAAUUAGCCAAGACAAGUGACAAGACUAUCUUGUAUUCUGUGGCUUCUGCACUGGUGAACUGUACCAACAGCUAUGAUACCAAGGAGCUGGUCCCAGAGCUGGUGCAACUGGCAAAAUUCUCCAAGCAGCACGUGCCUGAGGAGCAUCCAAAGGACAAGAAGGACUUUGUGGUGAAGCGGGUGAAGCGGUUGCUGAAAGCAGGCGUCGUCUCUGCCUUGGCCUGCAUGGUGAAGGCGGACAGUGCCAUACUGACGGACCAGAGCAAGGAGCUCAUUGCCAGGGUGUUUCUUGCCUUGUGUGAAGACCCCAAGGAUCGCGGGACCAUUGUCGCUCAAGGAGGUGGAAAGGCCCUGAUACCUCUGGCUAUGGAAGGCACAGAAGUUGGCAAGAUAAAAGCUUCUCAUGCUCUGGCAAAAAUUGCUGCUAUCUCCAAUCCAGACAUGGCAUUCCCGGGGGAGAGGGUGUACGAGGUGGUGAGGCCCCUUGUCAGCCUGCUGAACACAGAGAGAGAUGGCCUCCAGAAUUAUGAGGCUUUGUUAGGUCUCACUAACUUUUCAGGAAGAAGUGAUAAACUUAGGAUGAAGAUAGUCAAAGAGAGGGCCCUGCCAGAUAUUGAAAACUAUAUGUUUGAGAAUCACGACCAACUUCGACAGGCAGCCACAGAGUGCAUGUGCAACCUGGUGGUCAACAAGGAGGUUCAAGAGCGGUUUGUGGCUGAUGGAAAUGACCGGCUGAAGUUGGUGGUGUUGCUAUGUGGUGAGGAUGAUGAGAAAGUCCAGGUUGCAGCAGCAGGAGCCCUGGCUAUGCUAACAGCAGCACAAAAGAAACUCUGCUCUAAGAUGACUGAAGUGACCACCCAGUGGCUUGAAAUCCUUCAGAGGCUCUGCUUGCAUGAUAACAUGGAAGUGCAGCACCGAGGACUGGUCAUAGCUUUCAACUUAAUCAGUGCUGAAAAAGAGCUAGCGAAGAAGCUGGUGGAGUCAGAGCUCCUGGAGAUCCUGACAUACAUUGGCAAGCAAGAAGAUGACCCCAAGAAGCAGCACGUCAUUAAUGUAGCACGUGAUUGCCUCACAAGGUGCAUGGAUUAUGGUCUGAUCAAACCUCUCUCUCAGGCAUGAGGAAAUGAGAAGCACCAAAAAAGGCUGAAUGUGGGGGAAAAAAGCUAUGGAGAAAUGUGGAAAAGUGAGAGCCAUGAGAAAAAUCUAGUGCCAUUGUCAAGGCACGGAAUAGUUUGGGGACAACUUUGGAGGAUCAGAAACUGGAUGAGUAAAAGGGGGACAUUUACCUGGGAAAUUUGGCAAGUGCCUGUCUGAGUAAUUCCCAGACGGUGUAUAUCCUUUCUUUGCCCCCAUUCAGCUGAUAACGAUGAAAGCUUCAAGGCCCAGCUGUGAGAGUCAGUUGUGUUGGCAAUGUGCUGGGGGCUGUCGGAAAGAAACUCAGCUGAGCUGAAAUCUAUUCUGCAGCCAUCUACAGCCCCUGGUACUUCUGGAAUUUCUAACAGUGGUGGAACAGGGAGGGUUAAAUGCCUUCUGUCCUGUAGUCCCACCCAAAUAGGCUGGGUUUUAGCUGUGCUUUUUUGUCCAUUUGUGGUAAUUUUAAACAGCCUUAAGUGGUGUGCCAAAGUGUGAGGAUGGUGAAUGAACUCUUAAUAAAUUCACUACUUUGUUCCAUGUGGAA